AUGACAGACACUCUUCCUAAAGCCCAUACAGCGUGCCCCAAAGAGCUGUUUGCGCACUAUGUUCCACAGGAGGGGCUCCGGAGUCAGCCUAAGACGUUCGCUUCCUCGACAGAAGACUACCCCAAUGAACACUGGACCUCUGAAAUAUAUCCUGUCUUCACUAUACCGCAGUGUCUCUCCGUGAUAGAUCAGCGAAAACGAAUGCACAUCAACGAAGUGGAGCGGGACGCUGGCGAAUUGAUGUCUGAGGUGGGAGUACCACUCCGACCGGUGCCUCCAUUAAAAGAAAACCGGGCACUUGAUUCAAAAGGAGUCCAGGCCACGACUGAUGAGUCGGUGAACACCACCUCGAAUUUGACGUCCAAACAGCGCCUUCUGCGUGAACAGGUAAGCCAGUAUUUUUGAAAAAUUUUCCAACCAAAUAGACUGGGUAGAAAAAAGGUUGGGUUACAGUUAAGAGAGAGAGAGGAAGAAUUCGCUUUAUUUUGAAAUCGUAAAUUCAUAACUUUCAGCAAAAAUUGGCCCCAUUCACUAUAGGCAGUAAAUAAGUUAAUAAAUUAUUAUUGUGUGAAGAAGUUAACACAAAAGGAACAAUUGUUAUGAGGACAGUUCCAUUCUUGGCUUCUGUAUUUCUAUCUGUUCACACGCAAGAUAGCGCGCCAGGAAUGGUAAUACAGAAGCUCGAAAAGCCGAUGUGCGACAAGACAUAAGUCGGAAGCUGCGGCGCAUCGGGCGGGAAGACUUCGCAUAAAUAAGAUCCGAAUGCGAGGGAUGGGCAACGUCAUCUAUAAUCCGACCAGGAGAUUACUUGAUUAUAUUGAAAUGUCGUUGUAUGAUAGUGUCGAGUAAAGAUAUGAAACACCAGCAGCAGAAGAGAGCAUGCAGAGGACUCGUUUUAAAAUUAAAAGAUCCUUUUUGAGCAAAGCAGGAAAAGUGACAGGAGAGCAGUAUAGAAUAAGAGGAAGAAUGCAGGCCUCGAUUAAUCGCCAGACUAAGAGUUGAGAUGCGUUGUAGGAACGUAAACGAUGAAUUUAAUAAAGAGGUUUACGAAAUUUAUUAAAAAUGGACUUAAUAUAAGGGAAAAUGAAAGAUUUGAUGACAGAGUAACGCCAAGUUACCCGAAAAAGGAUACCUCGUUAGGCAGUAUGCCAGAGGAUUCUGAAAUAGGAAAGUGUCGCAGUCGGAACAUACACUGAACUUGUUUUUGGUUGUUCAUUAGCAGACCAUUUUCCUCCGACCAUACUAGCACAUGGUUAAGGCCAUCCUUUAGAGACUGGAGGCGUGUCUGAUUUUUAAGAAGGUGUCCAACAACCACAUCAUCAGCAUACUUAACUAAAAGACAGUCGCUAGGGCAUCUUAUAUCGUCGGUGUGGAGGGAGGAAAGGUGAGGGGAUAGAAUGGAACCUUUAAGAAUUUCGUAGUCAUUGAGAAGGACCAUAGACUUCCGUUUGCCAAACUGGACAAAGUAAGUGCGGAAAGUAAAAUAACCACUAAGCCAAGAGACGACCCAGCCUGGAGAGCCGCACGCGGAUGUUUUGGUAAGUAGAAGAGGGCGCGGGACGAUAUUGAAAGCGGAGGAGUAGUCAAGAAAAGCGCAUGAGUAGUCACCGCCGUCCUUGUCUAAUUCCUUUAGAGCAGAAUGCACCACAAGAGCAACGACAUCUAAAGUACUGAAUUUGGCUUUGUAUGCAACUCUUUUAGAAAGCUUUAGUAGUGCGGAGGAACAGGCAAUUGGACGAAAAAAUUUAGGAUCAAAAUUGGCGGGUUUAUUUGGGAUGGGUGUGAUUCUCACUGUACGCCAGGCGUUGGGAAUAUUGGACUCCAUGAAAGCUAUAUUAAUAAGGGCUAUAUGAGAACAACAAGAUUUAAGAAUAAAAAACGAGACACCAUCUGGUCCGGCGGCUAUUGAUCCAAGGACCUUUUUAAGGCGUUUCACUACUGCUGCCACAGACACGGGUUGGAAAGCACACGGUGAUAGGGGAAUGUCAUCUGAGGGAAGAUGGGAGUCAUUGUGACUAGAUAUAAAAUUUUUAUUUAAGGAGUCUAAAUCAGCAUCCACAUGUACCAGUGUGUUGAGAUGGCCAGUGAGACGCUAAAGAUUCUUCCAAAUCUCAGCUGAGGAAGGGGGAAACGGGGGGAGAAAUAAGAGGUAAAAAGUUGACUAACAAACAGGCUAUUUAGCCUGUCAAUCUCUGUUAUUAUUAAGACGAUAAUAUCCUUAAGGCUGUCGCGUAAGCCUAGCUUGUAAAGGAGUUUUUUUACAUCCUAACGAUUUCAGAUACGGGGAAGAAAUUCUAUCCGAGCGUACCCUUACAGUAUCGAGACGACAACGAAUAUCAACAAUUUCAUUUAAAAACUCUGUUAGGUUGGAAGAACAGGAUUCAACAUACGAUUGUUCAAGGAAAGCGGGGAUAGUACAAGAAAUGCAAGUCAGAGGCAGGAGAAUUUUUUGUGCGGACGUGUUGUGAACCUUAAGCUUUCGCUCAGGCUUGGCUAGCAGUGUACGUUUAGAAGAGGAAUCGAUUUUUGUCAUCUGAGGGAAGAUGGGAGUCAUUGUGGCUAAAUGUAAACUUUUUAUUUAAGGAGUCUAAAUUAGCAUCCACAUUUGAGUACUCAUCAGAAAAGUACAUUUACGGCUCAAGAUUUGAUUAGUAGCAUAUCAACGUCUUCUUCUUCUAUGACUACUGUGUCGUGCUGUGAACAAAAAGACCGGACGCAAUCUGGCAACACAACAUGCGCCCUCAUGAAUUGAAGAAUCUGACUAUUGGUUGUUUGUCGUUAUUAAAAAAGACAAGGGAGACUGAAGUGGUCAUAAGAUGAAGAUGCCAUCGCUGGAACAAGAAAUGAUUGGCCUAACGUUUCGGAUUCUCACUCGAAUCCAUCCUCAGAGACAUUCACAGAUAAAGGUAACGGUGGCACCAGGAGUGCAGUAUGUAUAGAACCUGGCUGCCGUUGACCGUAUGCGCACUGCAAUUAACAGUUCUAGAAAUCACCGCUGGGGUCGUAAUCGAUGUGGUGGUGGCUUGUCGGUCCGAGCCCGAGUCGUUAAUAGCCGCGAUCUCGUCGUCCGCGGUGGAUGCUGGCGUGACGAUCGCUCGGCAAAUUGGCUCACUGUCACUGGGAUAAUUGCUCGCCCGCGCCCUCCUCACGUGACUGAUUCUCCUGCCCAGGGAAAAUCUCAGCACGUAAUAUGGUAACGGGAGGUCAGUGUGCUUGGUGAUGGAUUGCGGGCCUGAGAACCAUGACUCGAGCAGCUCUCGGCUCACGCAGUUGUCAACCUUUGCGAGGAUUUCGGCCUCUUGAUAUUUGAAAAUAUGGCCGGGUCCCGACGAGUGUGCCGCCACCUGAGAGCUAGCGUCUCCGCGCCUCACUGCUGCUGCGUGCUCGGCAAUUCGCGUACGGAGUAAUCUCCCAGUUUCUCUAACAUAGUUGCUUUGUCCGCAGCUACACCAGAUCCGAUAAACGACUCCAGGCGUUUCCUGCCGUGGCAGCGGGUCUUUUGGCCUCAUGACUUGGCGCCUAAUGGUUGCUUCCGGCCUGUGCACAACCCCAAAUCCAAGUGGAGUGAGAAGACGACUGACGGCUUCCGAGACGUUCUUCACGUACGGAAGAGCCCGCCAAAAUUUGGGGCCGGUUGGAUUUGGUCUCUGGUGUCCUUUUCGUAUACACUGGUUGACAAAGUUGCGCGGGUAACCAUUAGCUCUCAUUACCCGUCGAAGAUAUUGUAAUUCAGCAACCUUGUCUUCCAUUUCACUGUAGUGCGUCUCAACGCGUCGGUAUAGCGCCCUUACGCAACUGCGUUUGUGACUGAUCGGGUGGUUGCCAUUCAAGUUCGGUAUUUGCGUCGUAUUUGUCGCUUUCCUGAACACUUUGGUCAGGAAGUGGUCAUUUCUGGCUUAUUAGUCGUCACCAGCCAGUCAUACCCAAUCCCUAAAUGUGGCACACCCGAGGCUCGAACUCGCGACCUGUUAGUUAGAAGCCCACUCCUCUAACCACUGGGCCACGAGGCCGUUGUCCUGUCGGUUUCGAUAGGGAAUAUACGAUGGUAGGGGGCGCUCACCGAUCGUUCUUACGGAAGUCACUCGUUCCGUUGUGCCCUACAGGCUCUCUCUCGAGCCCAACCAGCAGCCGCACAGCGACGCAUGAUAUACACAGUCGAGAGAGAGGAAGAGCCCGUAGGGCACCACGGAACGAGUGAGUGCCGUAAGAACGAUCGGUGAGCGCCCCCCUACCAUUAUUGGUUGUUUGUUUAUACAAGACAAAUGCAGCCUGGACUAGAGAAGAGAUAAUACCCAGUGAGUAAUGUCGCAUUAAUUUUUGCAUAAACCCCCUUUGUAUCAUCGUGUUUCGUCGAACGGAUGCACGUAUGAGCAUAAUUACAGUGCCGUAAAAGAGAAACUGACUGCGAACACUUGAAAUAUAGAUACGCAAGAAAGUGGGCAACGUUAUAUACAGACAUUGGCAGUCGUUUGUGUAAAAUGUAGGGCAGCGUCUUCAAAGUCUUCCUCCCCCAAAACCGAAGGUACUGCGAGUAUUGUUUACUGACUGUGAGCAUCGUUAUACGUGGGUUUUUGUAUGCAUACGGGCAUAGGUAAAGAUGUCAAUCACAAGUGUUGUGAUGGAGGGCCGAGAGUCAACGCUCGGGGAAAAGAGCGGAAUUGGGGGCCAGAGGUCAUGUGACCAAAGCCGAACACUGUCUCACCGAUGCGCCCGCGAAGCUGAAUGCUGCUCACCUGAACAUCAACGACCGAUCAGUCCACCGGCUGACGUGGGAGGGGCCAAGCGGCACGUUGAUUUGACCACAAUUACGCCGACCCCAAAGGGAACAAAGGUCACGCAGGUCUGUCAGCGGUCAGCCCCGGGGGAGGUCUAAACCAGUCAGCGGCAAACAGGCAGGUCAAAGUUCGUGCGCCCAGCACGACUAUAAUACGAGGCAAGCGGCAAGACUGAACAACUCAAGACCGGAAAGUGCAACAAUUACGCUACUCUGAUGAUGGAAACGAGGAAGUUUCCGAGACGUCAGUUCGAAUACAAUAUGGUCCAUGAAUUCGCCCUCUCUUCUUCUUCUUCGUCUUCUUCGGGAGAUAAUGAACGCGAUAUAUAUAUAUAUAUAUGUGUGUGUAUGUACGAGGUACGCGAUGAUUUACAUAAAAAAGAGUUAACUUACUUAUGCCGGUUUUUCCCACUCAACCGAUACCCAGUCAGUUUUGUGGUAAACUUUGUCAGACACCAGAGACGACCACAAAGUCUCGACUUUGCGUCACGGAAAUUCUACUCCCUGCCCUACAUGCCAAGAAUUUCCAUAGCGACGGCCCGAAAGUUAAGUCAGUUUGGAAUUUCCAUCGUCCAGACAGCACAGCAUUAUCCCAAGUAGACAAACCCGUACCCAAGGAACAACAAACAUAUGCCAUAUACGACAUUCUAUGUCCUAACUGCCCUUGAGUUUAUGUCGGCCAUAGCGGCCGACGGGUUGAGACCCUCAUUAAUGAACAUAUACUAGCCAUCGGCCGACAGGACCCCUUGUCUCUCGUGUUUGAGCACGUCCUCCAGUGCGACCAAAGCUCCAGUGGAGGCGCGAAUGAAGUGAUUGUCAGUGCUAACACCAAACGGGCGCGACAAGUUCUCGAAGUUUAACAUCCAAUAUGAGCGGCACCAUGUCGAUUUGGACGCUCACUACGAGGGUCUGCAUUCACAACCUACUGAUGUGCGCCCAUUAUAAAACAACAGCUGCCAGCUAGUGCCUGGUCACAUAGAAUUUCGCUGAUUCGGCAUCUCUCUGGCGUGGCAAACCACAGCUAAAACUCUCAGCAACCCCCAUAAACCUCCGGCAUCUACCGCGUCAGGUUUUACCCCCUCAUAUGGACGUCUGUCUGUCGGUAUAACCACUGCGUCGCCAAGCCUUCUAAUGCUGUUAUCCCACUUCCCACCAUUAACUGCGUCUGACGUCGGCCUAGUGUAACCAGCCUGAAAAUGGCAUUUUCAAGGACUUCCGUCAUUUACUCCAAACAAACUGACUGACUGAAAAUCCAUCAGUAAAAUUUGAUUUCCUGCCGGGUCUUAUUCUUUAUAUAUACGUGCAAAUGGUAGCGGGGGGCUCACCAAUCACUUUAACGGAACUCACUCGUUCUGUUGUGUCUUAGGGACUCUAUCUCGGGCCCAACCAGCAGCCGUACAGCGACGCAAGAUAUAGGCAGAAUGGCAUCACCGACAAAGAUAAGGGAGACUGGGAUGGCCAUUUCUCUUUUAUUAGUCGUCGUCAGUCAGUCAUCCCCAACCCCGAAGUGUGGAACACCUGGAGCUUGAUCCCGCGACCUGUUGCUAGGAGUUCCGACACCCUAAUCACUUCCCAGUGGUCUGGGGUUUCUUCUUCUUCUUCCUCCACCUCAUUGUCAUCCUCAUCUACUUCCCAGAAACUAUCACAGUGGGACACAUGUUAAUUCGUGCACGUCUUCGCUUUUAGCGCACUCCUUCGAAACCAAAACAAUACCCAAAAGUCGUUCCCUUGCUGAAUGGAGGUGACGUUGAUGAACCCAGUAUCAACUGCGGUACCAAACUUGGAGGACUUAAAGAAGCCAGUCAGUACUCGACCUCCAGUCGCUCUGGACACAAGUCCCGCAUUGACUCGGAGGGAUCCCGCACGGGAACUCCCCAGAGCUUGGGUAAGUUUGAACCUCGUCACAAGGAAGGAGCUGCAGGUCUGACAGGGGACAGGCAGAUCAAAUCCAUUCUCAGAAAGACUGUUCGGACAACCUUCCAUGCGCAGACUUCUCGUCCAUUCCUUCUAGCCGGUGAGUUCUUCACUUUGACUGAGACAAUCUCACUUUCUGUAUUGCCUAAAACACGCUUCUUCUAUGACCGCCGAGCAUUUUGGAAGAAGACCUAAUUCGGCCAAUCGAGAUGGCAGUGGUCACUUUUAGUUUGUUUACUGUCAUCACUGUAACCACUGAAUCAGACAGAGCCGAGGCUUGAAUUCAGGCGUAUGUCUCUCUGUUGCGAAUGAAUUACAGCAGGUGUGCUAUCUCAUGAAGUGUUGACCGAAAUUGUGAAAUGUGCUUUCGCCUCGAAAUGAUUACUAAGCUAGAGUUGUAUAACUAAUCAUCGUGCAGCAUAAUUCUAUAAUGAAUCAGUUAUCUCAAAAUCCUUGGUUUUUAACGAGCUUCUUUUCGGCUGCAUUUAAAAACCAGACUGUAGAAGUGGCUACUUAAGUAGCGUGCACUUUCACCAUUGAUUUUCGAUGCCUUUGUAAAUUCAAAUAUGUUUCAUAGAAAACAUGAAUAAAAAAAUCAUUUUUACUCAUUCGGUAGCCAAUUACUUCAUCUUCCAAUUUUAUACUUGGACAAAAUGUGUAAUUUGGUUUUUAUAAACUUUUCCGAUUCCCGUCUAAUGUUGAACAAGACUUGCUGUUGCACUUGUAUUUAGGGUUUUCGAACAACAAGUCGUAUAUUUUCCGCGUACAAAAACCAUACAUUUCUCUAGGGUAUUAAGAGGAGAUCGUAUGGGGGUCAACAAAUUUAUCAGUGGAUUUGAGCCAUAUUGUAAACUUAAGAAGCCACGUUACUUAAUUCAGAGACACGAUGUUUUAUGAACGGGCAUUUCACGGUAUUAAAAGAUCUCACAAUUAGAAACUUUUAAAAACCGAAUUGUACCCUUUUUUCAAGUAUAAAAUUGGGAGAUGAAAUAAUUUUCUACCCAACGAGUAAAAGAACGAAUAUUUUAUGCUUCCUUUUAUUAAAUAUAUUGGAAUUUACAAGGACAUCGAAAAUCAAUGAGGAAGAUGCAUGCUACUUAAUUAGUUAUUUUUUACAGAGUCUAGUCUUUACUUUGAUAGAGCCUAUUUCAAUUUCCGACCUGCCUUACCACUCUUAUUCUAUGAUGGCCGAGCAUUUUGGAAGUAGACCUAAUUAGGCCAAUCGAGAUGGGCUGUUUGCUGUCAUCACCCCAACCCCCGAAUCGGACAGGGUCGAGGCUCGACUUCAGGCUCGUGUCCUCUGUGUUGCGAUCGAAUUGUAUCGAGAAAUAAUUUUGAAGAUGGUGCACACAGGUUAAUGCGGAAAACUUGAAAUACUUUCCGGCAGAGAAUUAACUUAACGGAGUUGUUAUAAGUUCCAUCAGAACAUUCACACGAAUGGAUCAUAAAGAGGUUUCUAUGCAAUUCAAAGACAUACAUCAACGCAAUGGAAAUUAGGAUUUGAUAGAGCGGAAAACGAUGCAAUAAAAAGGAUGCGGUUGCGGUAGAAAAACGAUCCACCUGACUGGGGUUGCUGACAUCAUUAUGCCAUCAUGACAGCCGGCAGGGAAUGUAGCUCCGUGGGCAAAUGCAGAGAUGGACUGUAGAGAAUGAUAAAACAUGACAGAUAUGAAGUGCUCACCGGAUCAGUGGAAUUGAGCGGCUGAAGUUUCGGAGGGUUUGGUCGGCUCACCAUUAUCAAGGCGUUUUGUGCAGAAAAAUCAACCAGAAUUUUGAACAAACGGCCGAAACGCUUUGGUAAUGGAGAGCCGAUCAGGCCCUCUGAAACGUCAGCCGCUGAAUUCCACUGAUCCGGUGAGCCCUUCGCAUGUCUCAGAUUAUCGACCCGGAUCUCUUACAUUUGCUAGCCUGAUGCUGAAGCAGCAAGAGCGGGGAGAGCGCAGUUGUGCGAGGGGGGGGGGGUGCACCGACCGUCUUUAUUGACACUCUGUUACACCAUUCAUUCCUGGAUUCCCCUAAACGAGACUUGCCUCUUCGUUGGAAGUACGGGCAUAAGUGAGAUCCUUGCUGCCAUGACCUUCAGGUCCCGUCCCCAAUGGAACGAGAAGAUAGACUCUAGUUGAGACUUUAUAUCCUGUACAGAACAAGUGAAAAAGGGGCUGGAAGGAGUUGGUAGCCAGAGGAAAGCCUCAUCGACACCGGGAGAGCGGCGUCCAUGGUUGGUCAGGGAAUGUGUCAAAGCGUCCUAUGACAGGGCAUGUUUGACUUGACCUUGAAUCUGAUUGGUUAACUGGAAAGCUGAGUGGGCGAAUGCCAGACAGCCGUGGUGCACACGUGCGGACACUGACAGGAGGCCCAGCGCUGCGACAGGCGCUUGGAGUAGGGCCACUUCAACGGUCCAAUCCUAGUCCUUUUUGGUUAGUGGCCUCAAUGCUCUAGUCAUUGAGAUGUCGCCAGCACAAUGAGUCCCUGACUCAGUGGUCAUAGCGUUGAAUCUACUAAUCCAAAAGAACCCAUAUUCAAACCACAGGUGUCCCCAGUUCUAGGGUUGGUUAGUGUUGGCUGACGCCAGCCAGUAAGCCAGAAAUGGCCACCCAUAUCUCCCUUGUUCUUGUGCAUACUUGAUUACUGCCCACAGAACACAAGCCAAUGACUCGGUGGUUCAACGCAAGCCCAUGUUCAAAUUUCGGGUGCGCUCGACCUGAAGGACUGUCGACGGAGGCUGGACCAGACCUGGCAACUCAAGUCGCCCCUAAAUCUAAUCAAUUAUUGAUUGCUCGUCACUUCUACACCUUAAAUACGGUCAUUAUUUGUAUGGAGACUGGUUUCCUCUGUGAGCAAGAUACUGUAACCAUACAGACCUAUAUGGAUGGCUUCCGAAGACUGUUGAGAGAAAUGUCUGCUUGAUAAACGCGGUCGUAGCUCCUUUCAGGAAGUUGCGCCUACCGCAAAUGACGAUGCACAUCGUCAGAAAAAGGAAUGAUUAGUUCAUUUUUUCGGGGCAGUGUGAUACGUGCUAAUCGAGUUCGAUGCAGUAGACAGAAUGUCGGCCCUUGUGCAUUGUAGUCAGUCUUUGAUGGACGGUAAAAGUAAUGGCGGCGAAACGUACACAAGGUAACGUCGUCAGGAAGACUCAGAUUCGCCUCAGAAUUAGGAUGAUUUCCUCGGACGGGAGUGUUUUGCGGAGCCCUUAUGACAGUGGACUCAUAGCGUGUACGCAUGGCUUGGCAACGAUAGGGUGAAGGACCUCAAUUUACUGUCUGCAGACUGUAGACUGUGCCAUACGGGAAUCGUGGUGAUGGGAGGGGGGUUUAGGGGUGGGCAUCACACCGAACAGUAAGUUGACGGAAUGCAGGAAAAUAUAGAAGACAGUCGAUGACAAAAGCUAUACUUUCAAGUAACAGGAUGAAUGCAUGCAGCUACAUUAUCCAGCUGGAUAUUCCAUGCAGUUCCGUCUCGAAAGACUGCCUGAUCAUUGAACAGCUGAGACUAUACCCUGUCAGACUUUUUUUGGUCUUUAAAUUCAUGCCCGGUUGAUCUUCGUUCUUUGUUUCUCCGCUCUUGGGUACAACUGCCUUUCAUCAAUAUCCAAUUAUAUGGCGCAAGAACAUGCAUCAGGACACGAUCCACAGUCUACAGAAAGCUAAUUGAGGUCCUUUAUCCUACCGUUGCCCAUGACUCUUCUAGUUUAUUUCAAUGUUUUCUGUAAUGAGGUUUCUUUCGAGAAUUGCGUGAUUUUGAUAGAAUGAAAUUUCUACUACACUUAAAAUAUUUUAUAAUAUUAUAGAUCCAGUAUAUGUGGGUCAACUUUCCUCUGCAAAUUUGCGAAUGAGGUUAGAGGUUUAAGUGACUCGGAUGUGCAUGACGGAUUGCGGAGCAGGUCAUGAAAAUAAAUUUCAACAGAAAUCCGUGAAUUCAUCUUAAAUCGAUUUUUUGUGACAAGGAAUGGACAGCUGAAAAAGAGCAUAUAUAUUUUGAUUAUUGAUCAUGACUUAAAUUUCCCCUCGCCUUUAAGCAGAAAGCUCUGGACUCGAACAUGGAAGGCGAGGAGAGCGUCUGACAGUGCCCCCCAGCUCGAUCAGCAAAGCCGACCAGCCUUCAAUUCCAGAUGACGAUCGUUGGGCUGUGACAGCCUCUCCGAGGAUGUCGACAAAAUCCCGAUUUCCUGGACCGCAGGACCGUCCAAAGACUGCAGGAGCGCUUGACACAUCAAUGAGAUAUAGGGCUUCCCCCGUUAAUGCUGCUGCCGCUGCUGUUCCUGCUUGGCGUGGCGUAGCAACAACACAGAAAACAUCACCUACACCAUCGCGACCCUCUCUCGUUUUGCCACCCAAGUCCUCCCGAAAUCCCAUGAUGUCGGAGCAGACUUAUGUGCUCAUUCACAAUCGCACCAGCAAUCAGAAACAGCGUAACACCUCACCCUUCUCCCCUGUCCUCUUGAUGCCAACCAGUGCACGUCGCAGGAUCUCUGCCUCCCCGGUUGCCUGCUCCGCCGGCCAGACUCGCGCCAAAACCCAUUCGCCCGCCUGGCGGGACCUGCGGUCCAAUCGCCAGUUCUCACCGCACCAGCGGCCACUGACAGUGCGGACCACGUGCGGGUCAGGUGAGAGGCGGCAGAACCAGCAACAAACUCUGCCCCACUUUCGACCCCUGUAUGCCUCCGUCUUCGAUUGCUGA